AUGAGGCCCGUGGAAUCUCAAUAUCUCGAGGGUCUGGUGAAGUUUAACUCGAUCCUCAUUCUCGAUGUCGACUGCUGGGUCCAAUGCAACAAAACUCUUCCGACUGAAAUAUGGCUGGACAUCCUAGACCUGGCAGAGCUCUAUGUCGACGAGAAUACCUACAAGCCAGUCUACGGCAUUGAAAUGAAUCCUAGGUCUACGAACAAUGGCGGAACCGGAUCUGCUUUGGUCUGCAAUAUCCUUGAAGAAAGGAAGAAAUGCGGGGAGCUCGAAGGUGGGAAUCGGGUUAACGCUUAUGAUAAGUGUCUCCAAGACCCUUCCUACAAGCUCGACCCCGAAAACGAUGACAUUGAUGAAGACGAAGAAUAUUAUUUCCGAGUAUCAAAACUUGCAAACAACAACGCAAUCUCAAUUCCGAUUUCUCACUUGGCAUUCGAAACGAAAUUUCUUUUCUGCAAAGUCACAGUCCAAAACAUGAUCUCGCGACUUGAACGUGGAAAUUGCAACUUGUGCGGCGGCUAUCGAACUUGCAACGUUGGAGUGUCAUGGAAAUUUCAAGAGGUCAUCAUGUUCAGCAACAGUCUGGAUGAUCAUAAGCGUCAUGAGUGCCUCAGUUCUGUCGAAUGCCCUCUUUGCAUUGGAGACGAGUUUACAGAACUAGAUCUCAAUCAGUACUGUGACGAUGUUGAGGAUGAGGACAAGAUGCCGGUGGACGAAUUUCACAAAGUUCUGAGGAAGCGGUACAAAGAGUUAGGUUAUGAGUGUUAA